AUGCGACUAGGAAAGGAUGCUUUGGUUCUGACCCAGACAACUAACUCCAGAUCAAUUGCAUUCCUCUCGCAGUCGCUGAAUGAAGGCAAAGAUAAUCUGGAGAUACCCAUUGUAAGCUACCGCAGAGUUGGGCAAUCCAUGGAAGUGGACACAGAUGUCCAGAAUAAGGAUGCGGCAAAGUUGUACUUGAAGAUCAUUAAAAGAUAUUCCCCAUUUGAUAAGUAUCUUAUUGGUGAAAAAGUGGGUAUCUUUGGGGCAGAUGGUACUGGAACACAAAUUUAUAUAUGGAAUCUGGAUGAAUGGGGAUCAGAUUAUAGUUUAAAAUGGGAAGCUGGGUUCACUGGCGGGAGUUCGUUUCAUCAGGGUGGUAUAUUCAUUCGGUCAAGAAGGACAAGAUGCCGUCCAGGGCAAAUGUCUUUGUCGGUUCCUUUGGACUACUGUCUGAAAUCGUAUUUGGAGGUGAUAUUCUUAGAUCCAAGGAUGAAGAUCUAUGUACAGGGAGCACUGGUUAGAAGUCGACCCCUUGCAAAAUCAUUGAGUAAGACUACUGUUGAAAAUGGCACCAUCUUAGGAAAACCAGUUCAACUUACUCUUGGCCGUUCUCAAUUGGAAUGGGAGCAAGCAAAUAGUGGAAUAUUUUUAUAUUGGCACGGACGUUUAAUAGAGGCUUAUAAGAGAGUUGGAAGCAUGGUUCACAAUGGAGAUUGUGGACGUGGCAUCAUUGGUGUGGCUGAUGUUACUAAAAUAAUGGACGAUGAGAAUGGUUGUGUCUGGGUGCACAGCAACAAGCAAGGGUUCCAAGACUGUGAAGCCUAUGCUGAACUGGAGCAGUGGCUGGGUGAAAAAGCGAAUGAAUAUAUAGACAAAUAUGUUGAUAAGAUUCAAUUGAGAAAGGGUAAUGCGUCAGACAAACCUGAUCAUGAAUGGGUGCAGUGUGACAAAUGCAGAAAAUGGAGGAUGCUAAGCGCUGAUUUUGACAGCAAGACAUUACCUUCACAAUGGUUCUGUUACAUGAAGCCUUUUACUGGUCUCUGUGAUACACCAGAAGAAUCAAUCACAAGUGGAACAAUUACAAUAUCAACCAAGCGUCACAGUUACAACACAAAAGAUCCAAGAAACGGCUUUCGUGAAAAAGAAGCCAUUAAAUCAGAAGGCAUUAGUAACUAUGCUAGUGAUUCGGAAGGGGACGAUGUGAAGGUCUCUGUAAAGCGGCAGAUGCGAUCAUCUCUUCCAAGGUUCUGUAAGAAGAACGGAUGAUGUGAGGUUUAACACACCCUUUCUGCUUCCAUUCAUCGCCAUUUUGUAUCGUAGCUCCCAGAUCCGGGAAGAACACUCCCUAUCUAAUCUCACCAAAAUAUAAACCGGUGACUCGAUUUUAGUCCUUUUCGUAGCUAUUUGUGUCAAUGAUUUUUUGACAAAAUCUGAAGUUGCAACCUGACUGGGUUAGAGCAGAUUCUGCGAGAGUAGAUAUUCAUUAGUAUUUUAGAGUACAGAAGUAAGAGAAGUUGUUCAUAGUAGUGUGACAUGAUGCUUCAGUUGUAUUAUCUCUUUUUUCAUCCAUUGAGGUUUAGCAGGCUA